UCAGGAGGAGGAAGUAAACAAACCGACACACGCCUCUAAAACUGUACCGGGGGUAUGUUUCAUUUGUUUCACGGUGCUAAAAACGGAGUGAGAGUGUCAGCGGUCUGCCGUACCCAGCUGGCCAUGUCUACACAGGCUGGUACGGACUUUAAACACAGCGACAGCAGGUCCGUCCACUCCGACGGCGUCCAGGAGGUCCACAACGUCCCGCUGCGGGUCAUCAUCCGGCCGAUCCCGCCCGAGCUGGACGAGCACAAAGUCCGCAGCCUCAUGAGCACAAUACAGGAGGCAGCAGACGUCAACACCGUUCCUCCCAUCGACGUGCUGUGGAUCAAAGGCAGAGAAGGAGGGGAUUACUUCUACUCUUUUGGAGGCUGUCACAGGUUUGCAGCGUACCAGCGGCUGAACAUGACGACAAUCCCGGCCAAGCUCAUCAAGUCAAACAUCUCAGACCUCAGGACUUACCUUGGUGCCUCGACACCUGAUCUGCUGUGAGGCCAGAGCAGUUUGUUCAGCAGACAUGUUCAGUCGGCUCACAUCUGUGGAGUUACACUGCAUUUGUUUUUCUCUAUAGAACCAAAUUUCUCUUUCCAGUUAGAGGUAGCAACUCUCCUAUUGCAGCUGGUGACUGAAGAGCAAAGCUUCACCAGCAGGGGGAGAUGUAGCUCCUUAGUUGUACACAAGACAUUGUGUUGAAACGUGUGUGUGUGUGUGUGUGUGUGUGUGUGUGUGUGUGUGUGCGUGCAUGCGUGCAUGCAUGCAUGCAUAUGGCUAAGUAUGUGUGUUUAAGUUUCACAUUUUACCAAGUGUUAAUUUGUCAUUCUGUUGCUUCAGUCUUUCCAAACAAAAAUCAUGCAUAAAACAGAAUUUACAUCUUCAUUUUCCCAUCAUUCUUCCACUUAUGGUUGGAAAUGUGUGGUUGAAACAUUGGUAAAGUCAGACUUCAUGAAUGCUUCAUGUUAAAACUACUAAAAUUUUCUUGUGGGGGCAGAUGCCCCCGGAGCCCCCCUGUAUGAGGUUUUGGUUUCGGGACUUGCCGCAUUGUGCACCUCUUGUGAGUUGUCACGCAGGUUCUUUGCAGUUUCCUGUCACAGAGUAAAUGUAACGUUUACUUUGCUCAGCUUGGAGCCUGUAAUGUGACCAUGUUUUGGUGGCAAUUUUAUUUUGGUAAUCAAA